CAGGUAUUUGCUUUAAUGGCGGCCGUGAAUUUAUUGAAUACAGUCUAAUGGCAAAACAAUGGCCUCUUAUCGGGAUUCGUUGAGGGAAGAGGAGUUCCAGAACUGGAUCAAGGCCGCCCUCGCCCUCAAGAUCACCCAGGAGGGUUUACAAAUUUUUGUGGAGGAGGUGCUGACAUGCGUUCACCAGGACAUCUAUAGCAACGUUAGAACAUCCAAGGGUCUUCCACUCGGGGCAACAUGUGCGCAUUGUUUCACCGAGAACGUGUUGAAUUGCCCUACUCGUGGGAUAUGCACAAGUAAAAAAAACUGCAAAUUUCAUAACGGCCCUUCAAAACAGUAUGUUCCUUGUCCAAAUGGGAUUUGUGAAGGCGUCCGUGAUGAAAUAGUUCAACAUCACAGGUUUUCGGGACCAUCAUGGAAGAACACGAACGCAGACAAAUGGAGCACCAUUCCCUGGGAGAUAGCCAAGUGUUUCUUUCCUCCUGAUGGCUACAAAACCGUGUCCUCCAUCAAAGACAGUGACUUCAACGGCGUGAUCAGCGUCAUGAUGAAUUGCGAGGAUUUCCAGAACAAGCUGUCGUUUAUCGUUGCAACACAGGCAAAUUUGUUAACAGAGGUUCGGGACAUUGGUCGACGCAUACGCCAUUCCGGUGACCAGAGGGUCAAGGACAGAGAACUAGUGGACUUCCUGGUCAAGCUACGCACCCUGCUGGAGGAUAAGACUGAACUAGCAAACCGACCUGAGGCUCUACACGCUGUGGAACAGCUUAAGAAGCUGCAAACAGACGAUUUCAAGAUCAGUGCUGAGAACGAAGGGGAGCUAUUGAAGGAAGGAUUACGACUACGUUUGGCAAACCAUUACCGAACCACUUUGGCCGACAUGCCGAUAUCUCCCAUUCUCGGAGAAAAGAACGCCAAAUUCAGGAAAUUCUACGUGGCACCGAAAAUUGUGGAGAAAGAUUUUCGAAAAAUUGGCAAAAUUGACAACAAAGAAAGCGGUCAAAAAAUUGCAAAAUUUUCAGAUGUUUUCUUAAAAGAAGUUCAGUUGCUCAGAAAUGUUUUCCUUGUUGGAGAACCGGGCAAUGGCAAAUCCACAUUCUCCGUAAUGUGUGCCCUGGAUUGGACUUACCAAUAUUUACCAGCGGAGGAAAACUUCUGUAUUAAAACAAGCUUUGCCGACCCAGAAUUCUUCAAAGAGUUUGCAUUUUUGUUUCAUGUCACCCUACGAGAUUCAGGUAAAUCGUGUGAUCUAGCAGAAAUGAUCAAGGAUCAACUUAUACGUAAAAUCUACCACGAGAGGGAUGCCGAUGAUGGCUACCGGCUAUUGCAGACGGUGCUGGAAAGUGAAACAUGUUUAAUCAUAGCUGACGGCCUCGACGAAUGGACCCAUCCGGAAAACGUAAACUGUACCUGCAACACUGAGGAAAAAGUCAUUCCUUUCCGUAAUUCGGCCAACAAGGCCACACUCCUCACGACAACGCGUCCCUGGCGACUGUCACGGUUUAGAGUGCAGGCUUCAAAGAUCGACAAAUAUCUUGAAAUAGAAGGAGCUGCAGACACAGAGCAACUCGUGGAAAAUAUCAUCAACAUUCUUAAUGAGGGAAAUAAGGAUGAACGGACACCAGAGGCUUUCAUGAAAAUGGUGUCAGCGAAGGAUCUUGAAGGAUUAAUGUCAGCACCUAUCAGUAUCACCCAGCUCGUGUGCCUGUGGUUCGAGGGCAAAUCGUUAACCGAUUCAAAAUGUGACAUUUAUGCUGGCGUUAUAAACAUGCUAUCAUGUAGACUUAGUUGUAUGCAAAAGGGGAAUAACAUUCCGGAAAUUGAACUGCCGUCUGUAUUAAAGGAACAUGAAUGCUUCGUGCAAAAUCCCAUGGUUUACCUUGCGCUGGCAAAGUUAGCAUACACAACUUUGUAUUCAGAGUGCAGAGAUUCGUCUGUUGUUUUCAGCAACGAAACAGUCAACGCUUUGUUAAGCAGGGAGCAGGUUGAAUUUGCAUUGAAGUCAGGCUUACUCACGGAGAAGAAAUCCAACUCAUUAAUCAAGAGAUCAUCUCACUUUUCAUUCUUUCAUAAAACACUUCAAGAGUUUUUAGCGGCUCUUCAUUUAUGUUUAAAUGAAAACGACUUCAGUCAGCUUUCAAACAAGUACGAACAAGAUAAUAAGGAAAAUAUCUUGGGAGAUGUUUCUCAGACAUUUAUUUUCAUAUGUGGAAUGAAGCCCGAGCUCGGUGUACAAAUGUCUUCAUGGAUCAAUAGUUCUAGACCACCAUACCAACUAUCAAUCGACCAUGAAGAGGUUGAACCACUUCAGACCUUGAUCCUCUACGGGCACCGUGAAGCCAGGGCGAACAACUGUGGUGACAUACCGCUCUAUCUCGCACACUUCCAGAUUGAUAGUAACGAGGAUGUCGUAGUGUUAAAAAAGCUGAUGAUGAUAAACAAGGAACGUAUUCAGUCACUAUACAUCCAUAGAUGCAAUGAUCAAAUUAAUGGGGAAGAGCUGCAGGGGUUGAUCACAUCCUCCUCCGACUCCCUCAUAGUAGUGAUACUGUGGAGCCGUGAUGGGCAGUAUGACCUGUCCCAGUGUCACAGGCUGGAAUAUCUGGAUAUAGGGAACGACAAUACAACACGUGUGCAGGUUGAUCCAACAAAUAUUACAACAUGUCACUUAGUUAGUGUAUCAUCGAAUGUUGAAAUGUACAUAUUUAGAUUUUUUAAACACGAUCAAAGGUGGAGUAAACUAAAAUGUGUUAUGUUAGAGAGCGUUAAGAAUGUCCAAUUACUUGUGGAUAUACUACCAAGUCUCCCUCAGUUACAAAGCCUUCAGAUACAGGAUACAGAUCUAGGUGAGCUCCACCUCCUCCCUCCAGCCUCCAUCACCGAUAUUAGACUUCAUAUUGUGACAAUGACAGCGGAGGCGGUGCGGAUUCUGAUAGAGACGAUGAAGAAAAUACCACACCCCAUUACAUGCGACAUGUGGCUCUGCACGGUGGAACCUGCCCGUGAGAUGGAAGACAUCCGAGAACAUAUGGACAGUUCGCCGUCAUUCAAGAUUCUCAGAUUUGACAAUACGAGUGGAUGGUUUUAUUUCAAAUUCUAUCGGAGUAUAUUGGGACACAAUAUAGUACAGCUGCAAACAGACGAUUUCAAGAUCAGUGGUGAAAACGAAAGGGAGAUAUCGAAGGAAGAUUUACGACUACGUUUGGCAAACUAUUACCAAACCACUUUGGCUGACAUGCUGGUAUUUCCCAUUCUCGGAGAAAAGAACGCCAAACUCAGGAAAUUCUACGUUGCACCGAAAAUUGUGGAGAAAGAUCAUCGAAAUAUCGGCAAAAUUGACAACAAAGAAAGCGGUCAAAAUAUUGCAAAAUUUUCAGAUGUUUUCUUAAAAGAAGAUCAGUUGCUCAGAAAUGUUUUCCUUGUUGGAGAACCAGGCAAUGGCAAAUCCACAUUCUCCAUAAUGUGUGCCCUGGAUUGGACUCACCAGUAUUUACCAGGGGAGGAAAACGUCGGUAUUAAAACAAGCUUUGCUGACCCAGAUUUCUUCAAAGAGUUUGCAUUUUUGUUUCAUGUCACCCUACGAGAUUCAGGUAAAACGUGUGAUCUAGCACAAAUGAUCAAGGAUCAACUUAUACGUAAAAUCUACCACGAGAAGGAUGCCGAUGAUGGCUACAGGCUAUUGCAGACGGUGCUGGAAACUGAAACAUGUUUAAUCAUAGCUGACGGCCUCGAUGAAUGGACCCAUCCGGAAAACGUAAACUGUACCUGCAAAACUGAGGAAAAAGUCACCCCUUUCCGAAGUUGGGCCAACAAGGCCACACUCCUCACGACAACGCGUCCCUGGCGAAUGUCACAGUUUAGGGUGCAGGAUUCAAAGAUCGACAAAUAUCUUGAAAUAGAAGGAGCUGCAGACACAGAGCAACUCGUGGAAAAUAUCAUCAACAUUCUUAAUGGGGGAAAUGAGGAUGAACGAACAACAUGGGCUUUCAUGAAAAUGGCGUCAGAGAAGGAUCUUGAAGGAUUAUUGACAGCACCUAUCAGUAUCACCCAGCUCGUGUGCCUGUGGUUCGAGGGCAAAUCGUUAACCAAUUCAAAGUGUGACAUUUAUGCUGGCGUGAUAAACAUGCUAUCAUGUAGACUUAGUGAUAUGCAAAGCGGGCAUAAAAUUCCGAAAAUUGAACUGCCAUCUGUAUUAAAGGAACACGAAUGCUUCAUGCGAAAUCCCAUGGUUUACCUUGCGCUGGCAAAGUUAGCAUACACAACUUUGUUUUCAGAGUGCAGAGAUUCGUCUGUUGUUUUUAGCAACAAAACCGUCAACGCUUUGUUAAGCAGAGAGCAGGUUGAAUUUGCAUUGAAGUCUGGCUUAGUCACGGAGAAGAAAUCCAACUCUUUGAUCAAGAGAUCAUCUCACUUUUCAUUCUUUCAUAAAACACUUCAAGAGUUUUUAGCGGCUCUUCAUUUAUGUUUAAAUGAAAACGACUACAGUCAGCUAUCAAACAAGUACGAACAAGAUAAUAAGCAAAAUAUCUUGGAAGAUGUUUCUCAGACAUUUAUUUUCGUAUGUGGAAUGAAGCCCGAGCUCGGUGUACAAAUGUCUUCAUGGAUCAAUAGUUCUAGACCACCAUACCAACCAUCACUCGACUAUACAGAGGAUACACUACUUCAGGACCUGAUUCUCUCCGGACACCGUGAAGCCAGGGCGAACAACUAUGGUGACAUACCGCUCUAUCUCGCACACUUCUGGAUUGCGAACAACCAUGGUGACAUUCCGCUCUCUCUCUCACACUUCUGGAUUGAUAGUUUCAAGGAUGUCGUAGUGUUAAAAAAGCUGAUGAUGAUAAACAAGGAACAUAUUCAGUCACUAGUCAUCGAGGAACGCAAUGAUCAAAUUAAUGAGGGAGAGCUGCAGGAGGUGAUCUCAUCUUCCUCCGACUCCCUCAAAUCAGUGUCACUGUGGGACCAUGAUGGGCAGUAUGACCUGUCCCAGUGUCACAGGCUGGAACAUCUGCUUAUAGCGGGAUACAAUACAACACGUGUGCAGGUUGAUCCAACAAAUAUUACAUGUUACUUAAAGACAGUAUCAUCGAAUGUAGAAAUGUACAUAUUUAGAUUUUUUAAACACGAUCAAAGGUGGAGUAAACUACAACAUGUUGAUUUAUUGAGAGUUAAGAAUGUCCAGUUACUUGUGGAUACACUACCAAGUCUCCCUCAGUUACAACGCCUUGACAUAUGGUAUACAGAUCUAGGUGAGCUCCACCUCCUCCCUCCAGCCUCCAUCACCGAUAUUACACUUGGGAAUGUGACAAUGACAGCGGAGGCGGUGCGGAGUCUGAUAGAGACGAUGAAGAACAUACCACACACCAUUACAUGCUACAUGUUGGACUGCAUGGUGAAACCUGCCAGUGAGAUGAAAGACAUCCGAGAACAUAUGGACAGUUCGCCGUCAUUCGAGGUUCUCGGAUUUCACAAUACCAGUGAAAGGCUUUAUUUCAUAUUCACCAAAAUGUGAACAAUAAGUUAAAAGCUCGUGUGCCUGUGGUUCGAGGGAAAAUCGUUAACCGAUUCAAAGUGUGACAUUUAUGCUGGCGUGAUAAACAUGCUAUCAUGUAGACUUAGUUGUAUGCAAAGCGGGAAUAACAUUCCGGAAAUUGAACUGCCAUCUGUAUUAAAGGAACACGAAUGCUUCGUGCAAAAUCCCAUGGUUUACCUUGCGCUCGCAAAGUUAGCAUACACAACUUUGUAUUCAGAGUGCAGAGAUUCGUCUGUUGUUUUCAGCAACACAACAGUCAACGCUUUGUUAAGCAGGGAGCAGGUUGAAUUUGCAUUGAAGUCAGGCUUACUCACCGAGAAGAAAUCCAACUCAUUGAUCAAGAGAUCAUCUCACUUUUCAUUCUUUCAUAAAACACUUCAAGAGUUUUUAGCGGCUCUUCAUUUAUGUUUAAAUGAAAACGACUACAGUCAGCUAUCAAACAAGUACGAACAAGAUAAUAAGGAAAAUAUCUUGGGAGAUGUUUCUCAAACAUUUAUUUUCAUAUGUGGAAUGAAGCCCGAGCUCGGUGUACAAAUGUCUUCGUGGAUCAAUAGUUCUAUACCACCAUACCAACCAUCAAACGACAGUAGAGAGGCUAAACUACUUCAGCACCUGAUUCUCUCCGGGCACCGUGAAGCCAAGGCGAACAACUAUGGUGACAUACCGCUCUAUCUCGCACACUUCCAGAUUGAUAGUAACGAGGAUGUCGUAGUGUUAAAAAAGCUGAUGAUGACAAACAAGGAACGUAUUCAGUCACUAGUCAUCCGGGGAUGCAAUGAUCAAAUUAAUGGGGAAGAGCUGCAGGAGGUGAUCACAUCCUCCUCCGACUCCCUCAAAGCAGUGACACUGGAGGAGCGUGAUGGGCAGUAUGACCUGUCCCAGUGUCACAGGCUUAACUAUCUGAGUAUAUUGGGACACAAUACAUCACAGACAAAAGCCAUUUCGCCUGCAUUUUCUGAAACGGUUUUGUAUGAUGGCAAAAGAGAAAAAGAUAUUCAGCAGCCUGAAGAUCCUCGUGUAACACACACAUGGAAAGACUGCUUACAAAGACAGGAUGUAUCAGCAGCAAAUGCCUUAAUCCAUCAAGGGCUUACGCCAGACUCGUAUUCUACAUUUGAGCAAGCACUUCAUUUGCUUACGUCGGCGGAAGAAUCUCAAAGAGAUUUGUGCAAACUGGUGUGUGACGACAUAAAGCAACAAUACGGAAAGGCUGGAAAACUUUAUGCCGUUUUAGACCAUGAGUCCCAAAAGCCUUUGCUUGUAGCUAUACCACUUUCCGACACCAAGGAAAUAAUGGGCUACCCCUUGCUUUCAAAAGAUAUGUCUGCUAUUGGUGAUGAAAAUCGAAAAGUGAGAGAGGAAGAAGCCCAAAGAUAAAAUGUUUUCUAUCCAGAGAGUCUGAGAACAAAAUGAACGUUGCUUUACGAAGAGCUUAUAGAGAAUUUAACAAGUGGCCGAACUUAUUAAGAAUAUCGCAGAGUUUUUACAGAUCCAAAGGAUAUAAAACUGGUGAAAAUAUACUGGAAGAAAAGGGAUGCAUUGUCUUGUUUGUUUUGGUCAAGGGAUUGGUUCCAAUAGGAUGGGAUCCCUUUCCUAAAGAAUUUGAAGGAUAUGACGUGGAUGUCAGAGAGUGUUUGCCCAUGAAAAUGUUCAUAGGGUCAGAGAUGUUAAACCAAUGUUACCCUUUAGCAACGAUGCAAAGUCCAGUACCCGGUCAGAAAGAUGAGCUUCUUGCGCUGACUGCAGGACACACCUUUCUUUCUGACAAUGAAAGAAAAGACUGUACAAGAGAGGUUUAUACAACGAUCAAGAGUAAACGGUACCAGCAAAUUAAGGAAGAUUCAGAUAUUGAAAUUGUGUUUGGAAAUGUUGAGAUAACUGAGAAAGGUACAUGUAACAAAACAUUUGCUGAUGUAGCACGCGUUCAACUUGUAUCGCCUUUAGUACAAACAGACCUUGAAACACUUUGGAAAGAACUAGGUUUGAUAGAAGAUCCAACAUUCGAUUCUACGAAGCAAUGUAACGAUAUACGUACAGGUGAUAUCGUCAUGAAAUAUGGUGAAACUUCAAAAAUAACUCUAGGUCGAGUAGCAUGUUCCUCUGGUAGCUAUAACAAAGGCGGCUUAGACAUGAGCGAUAUGAUCGAAAUUGAAUCAAUUGAUGAGGAUAAAAAGUUUUCUGAGAUCGGUGAUUCAGGUGCGUUUGUGUAUAUUUUAAACAAAGACAUUGUUCCUAAGGAACAAAGGUCGGAUGAUGAUAAACGAUUUACUGAAGGACAAGAUGCUUUUCUGAUUGGAAUUAUCUGCCUUGGAGUUAAUAAUACUUCCUUUUGCACAAAGAUGAUCGCAAAUAUUGCCGGGUUACGAAAUGGAAAAAAAAAAUGAAAUGAUUCCAAGAGUUUUAUGACGUCAUUUUAACAUUGCGCAAUGAUUCGGUCAUGAUGUGACGUCAGCAGCGUGGAAUAUGGCCUAUUGCACUGAAGUGGAAUACGGACUUCCGUAUUUUCGAAAUGUUUUACGUUUGAAUGUAUGAUGGGUAUAUGUCAAAUAUGCGUUCCGUUUAUUAGCAACUAUAAAUUAAUUGCUAGAUUUUCAUCCCCGCACGCCGUUCUUUUUUCUGCCGCCCUUUAAAUUUCAUUGACUCAAAAAAAUGUUGAACUGAAGUCUGUAUUUGUGUAUCGGUUCAAUACUGUCCGGGAACGACGUUUAUACAUACCUAUAUCACACGGUGACGAUGUAUAACAAUCACAUGUGAAAAAGGAGAAUUAUUAUUACGAUCGUGUUCGUGGUUCGUCUAGAAACACAUGUAUAAUGUUCCUUAUACAAUAACAAAGAGCAUGAGCACAUAUUCAACGGUGAAACAGUCAUGUGAGAAAAUAAAAAAAAUAAUGUUGCACCCACUCCCCUUAGAAAAAAUGGAUGAAAAUCUAUAGCAAAUAAUUUAUAUAUAGCCUUACUAUAAAGGAUAAUUUCACGAAGAAAUAUUGAUUUGUUUUAUAACAUUGUUUAUAUAUAUGUUUGUAUCAUACGCUCUCAAUAUCUACAAAAGUGAUUGUUUUUCAUGUAUUUAUUGUUUGCAUACCAGAUUAAAGCUGCACUCUCACAGAUUGAACGUUUUGACAACUUUUUAUUAUUUUUUGUCCUGGAAUGAGCCAAUUUUUUUGCGAAAAUCCAUGGAAACCUGUGUUAUAAGACUGCUGACAAAAAAGCAGAUUUUUAUAUUUAAGUUCAAAAAUUGAUGUGUUAUGCUUUUUUCUUAAACCGUAAGUAACGAUUAAAACCAUUAAACAUUAAUUUUCGAACGGAAAUAUGAAAAUCUUCGAUCUGAUUUGUUUUUUGUCAUCAAUCUUUAACACUGGUUUGCAGAUAUUUCCGCAAUUUUUUUUCUCUUUCCAAGACAAAAAUAAAAAAAGUUGUAAAAAUGGUAUAUUUGAGAGAGCGCAGCUUAAAGUCUCACAUGGUCAUUGGCCUAUUGUCGCAUACUUGCUUGGACACUGGACCCAUCUUGUACAGUAGACACCGUUAAAUUAAUAUUAUGUUCAUAUAUUUAGAAAUGAAGUGUUUUUAUGUAUUAUUCAGUUCUCUUAGGCCCAAAUUCUCACCAACCCCUUGUAACAAGAUAAAGGGUGGGUUUUUUUCUGUAUUAGUAUAAUUUGUAUACUAUUCGCCUUAUAAAGAUUUUUGAGAUUUUUAAGGAAAAUGUUUUCAAAAUAAUCCUGAUAAAAAACAACCUCUUCUUCUUAUUUUACAUCAAGCUUAGUAGAUUAUUCAGCUAAAUGAAAUACUUAAGAUUUUACGAGAAAUUGGGACCUAUUACUCAAAUGCGUUGCUAUAAAACUAUAUUCAAAAUGUUAGACAAACGUAAGAUCAUUUUAUCUUGUACACUGAGCGUUUUUAAAAACGCACUCAUCCAAUAUAAAAAUUAUAUUUGAUGAAAAAAAAACAAUCCUAAUAAUUUAUUUUUAUUAUUAUAAUUAUUAUACCAUUAAGUUAUAUGACCCAAAUGGAACUUAAUUCACAUUCAAUGAGUUUGAUGGGAAUAUAGUUUUGAAUGACAUGCGUUACGUUCUUAAAGUCCCCUAGUGUUGUUCGAAUUCUUGCUAUGCUACUAUGGGGUCAAAAUUGAGUAAGCUGAGUCAGUUUUUGAGUGAGAUAUAAUAGAACGAUUUUUGCGAUUUAUUUAACGAACCAGACGAAGUGGUUGAACGUCAUUAGUAUGUAUUAAUAAAAAAAUGCUCUGUACGACGCAUUACCAUUUGUUUUGGUAAAAUGCUCUAACCGUUUAAAAGGUUGAAUUAAUAGUUAAUAUACUGCCCCCAGGGUCUGCUUUUAUCUACCUAUUCACCUGAUAACGCUGACUGCUGAGCUACCAAAGUAAAUGUUAAGCAAAUUUGAAAAAUACUGUGACUCUCCAUUGGACAAGAUAUAAUUUCGAACACUUAACAGGCCAAUCGAUGGUAAGGUGAAUUCACGAGUUAUCAUUUAAAGAUUUAACCAGAUUGUUUAAGCUCUUCUUAAUUGGACUAUUUUCACCGUUUCUGUCGCAUGUAGUCUAUCAACAAAAAAUGGUUCAACGAGCUUUAAGUCCAACUUUACAAUAAUGUCAUCUUCAAUUCUAUGGGUGUUAAUACAAUGGAAACAUUUCAAGUAUGCGCUUGUUUAAAAGUAUGCCUUGUUGAGCUGCCUUAGGGAUGGCAAGGAGUUGAUCUGCAUGCCUAUUUUUUAACAAUAUAAUCAGAAACCACGGACCCUAUUCAUAAUAUUUUACAGAAAUGUUCCUUUGGUAAUCAUUUGCUAAAUUCUUUCAACCUGCGUUGGCUGUUUAGCAGCUUUCAGCUCUACUACAUGUAUAUGGAAUCUCACAAAAUAUAGCUUCAUGUAGACAAUUAUUCUUGAUGUUGGUUGGGGCAGGGUGGAUUUUCUAUUUACGCAAAAAGUUGUAAUACAACUUUUGUGAGGAGAAUAGAGAUAUUUUGUUUAGCCUUUUUUGUUGUUGUUUUUCAUGCAAUUUGUGUUUUUGUUAUUGAAUGUCUAUUUAGUGUUAGUGUCUUCAACGUUUUGAUAUAAUUAUGUGUAAUGGAAGUAUUUCAAACUUGAUUAUUAUAGCAUAUUAUAUUAAUGAAAGCAAUAUUGUUUGUUUCACAAACUGUAGAACCAAUUAUAAUGUUGACUGUAGAACCAAUUAUAAUGUUGAAAAAUAAACGUUUUACAUUGUAAUGAAAUCAGAUUGGCAUAAAUGUGGUAAAGUUAUCGCCCUUCAUAAUAAUAGUAAAAACCGCUUUUAGGUUAUGCUCGUGUUAAAAGUAAAAAAUAAAAUGUGUUUCAAGAUUUAGUAUUUUUCCAUUGUAAAUCCACCCCUCAUUUCCAUCAGUAAAGGGGAUAUUUCAUACCUGGAAACAAAUGCCUUAAACCGUUCAUUAUAUCCUUGUUAGGACAUUUGACAAAGGUAAUUGCAUUUAAAUGAUCAAUUAAAUACGUUUCAAAGUUUCAUAAAUUUUGAAUUUGCAUCGAAAAAAACCCUACUAUAAUCAAAACUUGUGCUUAAUUGUCCGCAUUGGAAACAAUAAAUGCACAAUUAUUACUGUGACAGUUUAAUGAAAUAUAUAUAUUGUAUAUAUAUGAAUACCUCACACUUUUAAUAAAAAUUAAUGGAUCAUAGAAGAAAAAGGUUUGAAAAAAAGUCGGUUCUAUAGUCUGUAAAGCACAAAACUGAUAAGUUUGUAUAUUUAUACUAUCUGUUGGCCUUUUUUAUGUGUGAUAUGCAUUUUUGUAUACACGUUUACGUCGUCAUUAUAUAAAAUUACAUAUUGGUUCAAUUUUUUACAUGUGCCAUGCAAUCAAGUUACGAAUAAUAUGUGAUGCUUGCAAAUCCAAUAAUUUCUUUGAUUCGUUUUAAUAUGCGAAUCAAUGCCAUAUAUUCAUUUUAGUAAAGAUACAUUUAUUUUAUUACCUUGUUGUUUAAUAUAUUUCUAUAUAUAUAUUCAUAUUUCGGUUUUAUUUUUGACAUGUGCUAUAUAAUCAGUUUAUAAAUAAAUGUCAUGAUAUCAGA